GCUGCUUCUUCUGGGGAUAUGAGUCACAAACAGAGCAGCGGCUUGGGGACGUAUUGCAGAAUAACAGUGUUGUGUAUGUGAGACGAACGGAUUUGGUGUCGCAGCUCGUACCGGAAUAGUUUGUGAACGUCUACCCCCUCAGUGAAACCUGGAUCAGCUGACUUCCUCUGUCCCUUCAUCCCAUCUGGAGACUCAGCUGUGGAGCUACGCAAAAAGAGGAGCACAUCACAUGGGAGUGUGUGACAGUGUGUGUGAGGGUGUGUGUUCAGGCCUCCUGCCGUCGCCCGCUCGUCCCGCACAGGCAUGGCGGGCGGCAGAGAGCGCGGCUCGCGGAUACAGAGGCCAUGGUCGGUGUACCGGGCCAACACAUUCGAACUUUCGGAUGAAAUGAUCGGCCUGGCACUCGCAGGCAAUAGCCAGGACCCAGAUGAGCCUGUGCUGGAGUUCAGCUUGUCCUGCACGGACCUAGUCCCUCCUGCUUUGGAUCGAAAACCCAACAGCUUUGUAGCGGUGAGCUGCACGACGCCACCACAGGCCUUCUGGACCAAACACGCCCAGACUGAAGUCAUAGAGGGCACCAAUAACCCCAUCUUCCUCAGCAGCGUCGCCUUCUUCCAGGAGUCCAACAUGAACCAGCAGACACAGGUGAAGCUGGCUGUCUAUGAUGUCAAGGACCGUUCGCAGGGCACGAUGUAUAUGUUGGGCUCAGCACUUUUUCCUAUAAAGGAGUUGCUGCAGGAGAAGAGCCACAGAUUACAGCUGGAACUGAGAUCUGCGGAGAACAAGCGGGUGGGGAGCAUCACCAUAGCAGCGUGGCAGAUGGAUGACAGAGCAGACCAGAGGAUGUCGGUCAGCAACCUGCCAGACAGCAUCAACGGCCGGACAGUGCUGCCUGUUGACGAGAGCCUCACAGAGUCGAUGGGAGUCCGAAUCAAGUAUGCCUCACUAUGCAAAGACACACUGCUGCGCUCAGUGUUUGGAGGCACGAUGUCCAGGAUGUACCGCUUCCCCAGCACUGACGGGAACCACCUACGUGUGCUGGAGCAGAUGGCUGAGAGUGUCCUGUCCCUGAACAUUCCUCGACAGUUCGUCAAACUUCUGCUGGAGGAGGACGCAGCCAGGGUCUGUGAGCUAGAGGAGCUGGGAGAGUUAUCACCCUGCUGGGAGAAUCUGCGGCGACAGAUUGUCGCUCAAUACCAGACAACAAUAUUAGCAUACCAGGAAUCGUUGUCCAACCUCACUGACUACAGAGGACCAUCAUUCAAAGCCAGUAACCUGAAAGCGGAGAGGAAGCUGGAGUUCAUGCCAACAAACCUACACGUUCAGAGGAUGAGAGUUCAAGAUGAGCUGGGCUUUGAGCACACAUAUGAUUUGAUAACAAUGGGAGCUCCAGCUGCUCACUGCCAAGGUUUUAAAAGCAGUGGUCUGAGAAAACUCAUCCAGAAAUUUGAGGAGGCAAAGAAACAUGCAUAUGAGGAGGAAUGUAGCGCCCUCUCCAGCUCGCAGUCCAUCGUCUACAUACCGCAGGAUAUCGUCCGAGCCAAAGAGAUCAUUGCCCACAUCAACACACUGAAGACUCAGGUUAGUUACUACGCAGAGAGGCUUUCCCGAGCCGCCAAGGACCGAUCGGCCAGCGGCCUCGAGAGGACACUGGCUAUUCUGUCUGAUAAGACCCGUCAGCUUGUCUUAGUAUGUGACUGUAAGUUGCUCGCUUCAGCUAUUCAGGCCUUGAACGCAGCACGGCCAGAGUAUAUUGCCUCCAAAGCUUCUCCUUCUGCUGACUCAGAACAAGUAGUCCUGCGCAACGAUCAGGACACACUGCUCGCCAAGUGGAGUGGUCGCAACAGCCGAUCCUCUCUGUGUGUAGACUGGCAUGAAGAAGAAUGGGAGAAAGUUUGGAUAAAUGUGGAUAAAUCUUUAGAGUGCAUCAUCCAGCGUGUUGACAAGCUGCUUCAGAAGGACAGGAGGCCAAGUGACGCUAGUCUGGACAGUACCCACAGUGACCAGCAGGGCAGCAGUAAGAAAGGAAAAAGGCGAGCUUUCUGGAUCAACCCAGGAAGUGGGUCACUCGAAGCCCCACCAUCAUUACCAUCUUCAUCCACACCUCCACUACCGUCCUCAUCCUCUUCACUUGAUCCCUCCUCCGCAUGUCCUCCCAGCCCUGAACAGCAAUCCUAUGGAAGCCCCAGUGUUGAUGAGGCGUACCCAGGCGAGUGGAGCGAGGCCUUGUACCCUCUCCUCACCACGCUCACGGAGUGCGUCGCCAUGAUGAGCGACAAGGCCAAAAAGUCCAUGGUCUUCCUGCUGAUGCAGGACAACGCACCCACUAUAGCCAUGGACGUGUCACUGCAGUACCGUCGUGACGUCGUCUUCUGCCAGACGCUCACAGCUCUCAUCUGUGGCUUCAUUAUCAAACUGAGGAACUGUCUCCGUGACAACGGAUUCCUCAGACAGCUCUACACCAUCGGCCUCCUGGCUCAGUUUGAGUCGCUGCUCAGCACCUACGGAGAUGAGCUGUCCAUGUUGGAGGACAUGAGUGUCGGCAUUAUGGAUCUGCGUAAUGUCACCUUUAAGGUGACACAGGCCACCGGCAGCGCAGCGCCUGACCUUUUGCCGAUCAUCACCGGGAACCGGGACGGUUUCAACGUCCGCAUCCCUCUCCCAGGAACCAUGUUUGACGCUCUGCCGCGCGAGAUCCAAAGCGGCAUGCUGCUGAGGGUUCAGCCUGUGCACUUCAACGUCGGCAUCAACGAACAGCAGACGCUCGCUGAGAAGUUUGGAGACACAUCCCUGCAGGAGGUCAUUAACCUGGAGAGUCUGUCCAGGUUGAAUUCAUACUACGAACAGUUCAAAGAAGUCCUGCCUGUGGACUGUCUCCCGAGGUCUCGUUCUCAGACUUGUCUCCCUGAGCUGCUCAGGUUUUUGGGGCAGAACGUCCAUGCCAGGAAAAACAAGAAUGUGGACAUCCUCUGGCAGGCUGCCGAGAUUUGUCGCCGCUUGAACGGUGUUCGUUUCACCAGCUGCAAAAGCGCCAAAGACCGCACGGCCAUGUCGGUGACCCUGGAACAGUGCCUGAUCCUGCAGCAUGAACAUGGAAUGGCGCCGCAGGUCUUCACGCAGGCUCUCGACUGUAUGCGCAGUGAGGGCUGCAGAAGAGAAAACACGGUGAAGAACGUUGGCUGCAGAAAGUACGCCUUUAACUCGCUGCAGCUCAAAGCCUUCCCCAAACACUACCGACCACCCGACGGCACCUUUGGCAAAGUUGAAACCUGAUUGGACAGCGGAGACUCGGUGUGAUGGGAUGUUUGCAUAUUAUUGGACCGCUGUGUUUUGGGAAGGCCACAAUCAAAACCCAUGUUCAGGUUUUAGAUUAGAUUUCAGUGAUUCCAAGUCGCACUUAGUAUAACUGAUGGUAGAUGCUGUAUUAGGUUCUCUAUGCUACAUUAGGCAUCACUUAUAAGAAAGUUUUCCCUGGUAGAUCCUGGGCUUUUCUUUUCUUUUUUUAUUUGUUUGUAUAUUUUAAACAUGUACAUGACCAGCACUGCCUCAAGACUGUUCAAGCACUGAUAUAAUCAAUCAGUAUUAGCCACAUAAACAUUCUUUAAUGGAAAAUAAAGGUCCAGUGUCUAAUAAUUAGUGACAUCUAAUGGUAAGACUGCAGAUUGUAACACACAUACUCAAGUAUGUCAGGAACCUACGGUGGCCUUCGUAUGCCAGAGAGGAUGUCGUUCUUUUUAGUUUGCAUCAUAAGCUUCUGCUUAAAAUGCAAAACACAUGCUCUGGUUCUGGUUGUCCAUUUGGGCUGUUGCAGAAACAUAACGGUGCAAGAUGGCAGCCUCCAUAAAGCAAGGCCCUUGCUUUAGUGCAUAUAAAAGGCUUCUUUAAGGCUACAAAAACAAAACAAUAGUCAGUAUAAACAUACUUGUAGGUAGUAUAUUCAAUUUUGGCAAAUUAAACCCUCUAAAAAGUUGCAUGCUGGACUUCUCAUUGGAUUUUAUGCAUUAAAUCUAUGCAGUUUGGAAGUGUUCCUCACAACCUUUACAUUAAAUAUUAAUAUUGUGAGCAAAAAGAGAUUUAAAUCGUUAGACUUAUAGUCAAUAAAUUGAAUUAAAAGACCAAAAAAACAAGAGUGCGGCUCCCAGACUGAAGCCCAAUCCUUAAAAAUGUAAACUUCCCCUAAAUUGCUUUAGCUGCUGUUUCUCCUUCGCAUUUCCUCAAGUGCUAUUAGACUGUCUCACCUGCUGAAGUGCCCAUUAGCACGAUGGUAAAGCCCAGAUGCUAAUCACUGACCUGUCUGUAACCAGGUUAAUAAAUGAAUCAACAAUCACGUUAUCUAGGAAUUGUAAUAUGUUUGGAGUGAACCACGACAUAUGGCAGCUUUUUGAAGGUGGGGUUAAAAAUCAGUUGUGUUCACGUGCCCUUGAUGCGUUUGUGUUGUUUGUACACACGGGGACAGCGUUGUGCGCUACAUAUUCACAUUGUUUUAAACGUUGUGAAGAGCAAUCAAAUCUAUGACAAAUAGUUCCCCCCCUCAUUUUAAAACCUCUGCCAGUGGUGGAGUAAAAAGUUAUGAUAACUUUUUUUUUUUUUUGACAGCUGGUUCUUUUCCGUCACUGUAAAACAACACGGCCCAUUUUAGUUUAAGUUUACUUUUCUGUUGGUCCGAGAAACGAUAUUUCCACGUCAGCAGGUGCCAGGUUUCACCUCUUUAAAAAAAAACAUUUGUUGUUUGUUAAUUUGCCCAUGAUCUGUCCGUACCACAAGAGGGGAGUCACUGCUCUUCACAGUGGAGCCACAUCACCGUUGUUUGUCUGCAUAUUUCAAUGGUUUAGCAUGUGACAUAUUUUAAACUAACAUACACCACGCUGUUUGUAUCCACUGCUGAUGGCAAAACGACUGCAGUUGCAUUUAGAAAUCUGUAUUUACACAUUCAACUGAGUAAAGGAGUGUUUUACGUCCGUCACUUUGUCAAGAUUAUGAAACUUCAUGUCAGAAUUCAUGUUCUCGGAAGCUUGGCACCUGUUUUCACCUAAGUUUUAAUGUUGCUGUAUAUUAUGACUUGUCAAUAUCUGAUUGAGAAAUAAAUAUCAAAUUAAGUUAACAUCAAAA